GCAAUAUUAUCCUAUAUUGUGUGUUCGCCUCAGUAUGUGGGAAUGGUUGUCAAAUUUAACUAAUUUACGUAGGUCAUCGCUACGUAUUUUACAACUAUCGUACUACCUCUUUUUUUAACUUAUGAUGAUAUAAUACAAAAUUUGGAAAAAAUGCUAAACGUUCUUGUUGCAGCAACUUUACAUUCUUAAAUCGAGAAAUGAAUAAAGCAAGUAAUUCAUGUAUGUUGCAAUGAGCGAUAAAACGACAAUGGCGGCAAUGUCCCCAUCGAAGCGAAGAUUACAGAAAGAAUUAACAUCUUUAAUACGUGAACCUCCACCAGGUGUACAUGUAGAUGAAGAUCUUACUAGUCAAAAUUUAACGCAAUGGAUUGUUCACAUGGAAGGUGCAAAAGGCACCUUAUAUGAAGGCGAACAAUUUCAACUGCAAUUUAGAUUCAGUUCCAAAUAUCCAUUUGACUCACCAGAAGUGACUUUUAUAGGUGGAAAUAUACCAAUACAUCCACAUAUUUACAGCAAUGGCCACAUAUGCUUAUCCAUUUUAACUGAAGAUUGGUCUCCAGCUUUGAGUGUACAAAGCAUUUGUUUAAGUAUUGUAUCAAUGUUGAGUAGUUGUAAAGAGAAGAAAAGGCCACCUGAUAAUUCUUUUUAUGUAAAAACAUGUAGUAAAAAUCCAAAGAAAACAAAAUGGUGGUAUCAUGAUGACAAUGUGUAACAGCAAUUGCGAAAGCUAUAAACAACUUGUCUAUGUGCAGUUAUAGCUGGACCAAGUGGAGUGACAGUUUUUGUGUCUUAAAGUAAUUACUAAAAUUUCAUAGAUAAAAUUGCUGAAUUAACUUUAUCAUAUAUUUAAAGAAUUAGGUGCAUAAGUUAGAAAACAAAAAAACAAAGGCUGCAUUUCACUUAUUAUUAUAAUAAAAAAGUGAUGUAAAAUGUGUGAGUUAUGAAGUUAAAUUAUUAUUGUUAUUAUAAAAGAUACAUAUUAUCUCACUCAGUUAAAUAGAAAAAACAUAAAUUAUAAAAUAUAAAAAUGCAGCCAAGAAAAGUGCACACAUGAUAUUAACAAGCAAAGAUGUUUCAUUAUUUAUGUAGAAAGUGCACUUUAAGAUGAUAUCAAAUUAAUAUAUUACAGUAAUCACUAUUAAAAUAGUAUCAUUAAAGAUAUAAAAUGUUAUUACAUUUGUUAUUGUGUUAUUUAAUAUUCAUCUCUCACUGUAUUAUUUACUUAGGUGAAAAAUAUAAGUAAUUAUUUUAAUUAAAUAUUAUAGUGUGCAAUCUAAAUUAAUUAUAAACAAGUACAUACAAUUUAAAUGUAUAGUAUUAUUUAAUUCUACACAAUCAUUUUUGGAGGCAAUCAAGAUGUUAAUCACUAUUUUUUAAAUCAAAAUAUUUUAAAUCGACUAUGUUGCACAUAAUAUCAUUAAAACUCUGAAAUGUACUAUUAUUGAUCAAUAAAAUUCAUCCUUUUAUAGAA